AUGUACCCUUUAGAAAUCGCGACUAGCGCUAAGCGGAAAGCUCAGCGUGCCUCACAGGCUUGCGAUAGUUGUAGGCAGCUCAAAGCUAAAUGCGACGAGACUAAACCUUGUAAAAAUUGCCGGGAGAAAAAUAUCGACUGUAAAUAUCGAGAUCCCCCUGCAAAACAGCCGGAUAAGGUUACCGCGGACUUAAUAGAGAUGCUGGCCUCGAUGAGAGAGGAAAUAAAUAACAAGCUUACGAAUAUUAACAGCCAACUUGCUGGAUUGACACAGGCCAACCUGAGUCAGAAUCAACGGGUGGCUAAUUUAGAAACGAAAAUCAGGCAGCUUGAUCCCGAGACUGAUCUGAAAGUCGAGUCGAUCGAGGAAGAAGAGCGCGCAGAGUUUCAUAGUUCUCCCUCCCCUACGCCUAGUAAAGCACACCCCGAGGAAACAUUGUCAUCGCCAGGAGGAACUGUUGUAGAACCCAGUCUAACUAUGGAAGAGGCUCAACUUACGCUGCAAGCGACAGAAGACGACGACAUGGAAGCUAAUCCGGGGCCGGUCGUAACACCUGGAAAGCCUGCCAUGCCCCCAAAUCACACCACGUUAGCUGGUUUACUUUUAAAGUGGCCGUCAAUCAAGAGAAUGGUUCAUCAUCUGAUGGAGGCUGAGAAAAUAUCUCAUCCAGACGAAUACCCAAUCCGCCAGGAACAGCAGCGUGGUAUACUUCGCGUUUUUGGGAGAGGCGAGGGGUUCGAUCAAGACAUUCGAGUUUCCGACAAAGAAACGCCACCGGACCAUACAAUGACUGAUGUGUUAGACGACUGUUCCGAUGUUGCGUCCCCUUCGCCAAUGGGAGAAGCAUGGGGCCAAGUGGGCAGUCUAACCCCUCCUCCCGGUGUCGAGUCUAGGGGAGGUGUUGUUAAUGUUGACGGAAAUCCAGAGUGGGAGUCGACUAAGAUAUGGAGAUACGUGAACAGUUUCAAGGACAAUAUUCUUAAUAUGCAUCCCAUAAUCAUUCCGAGGGAGCUUACCGCAAUGGUUAAAAUAUUUCUCGAGUCUUUACCAAAGUCGCAAAGUUACCAGAACAGCAAGCUCGGCGCGAGUGCGAGAUUCGUCAACCAGCCGAGCGCAAUACCUCCGUCUUUUUCUGAAGCGGGGACGAAGAGGAAGCGAUCACCCGCUGCGGACGAGCAAACCCCGUCGACGUCGUUCGUGAAGCCCGGCCGACCUUUCCGAAGCGUCCACAGUGCUCUUGUCCUAAUGGUUUUCGCUCUGGGCAAGAUUUGCUUGCACAAGGACAGGAUACCAGAUCCGGUUCACGAGUCGGACUCGCCAAUGCACCAUUCACCUUCCGUUCGCAACGGCGUUCUAGCAUCACCUUUACAAGGAUCCCCCCCGGGGUUUGUAUCUCAGUCCCAAUCUAAUAUGGCAUCUCCUAAGGAGAGCGAGAGGAUUCCCAUGAGCCGAAGGCCCUCCCUACAAGGAAAUACGUCGGCUUCGAAGGGACCACAUUCACACAGGCGGAAUCUAGAUGUGAUACCUGGCCUUGAGUAUUUUGCUCUUGCGAUGGAUAUUAUGGGUAGCCACAUGGGAGGAUUCAAUUUAAAACACGUCUACGUACAUAUUUUGGCAGGGCUUUAUUACGGUCAACUUGGUCGCGUACUUGAGAGCUGGUCAUACAUUUCCCUUGCAAGUCGAAAUCUGCAAGUCAUACUCCGACCGAGCCUCGACCGCUUAUCGAAAUGGCACGACCAAGGUAGAAGCAUUGGACAGUCACGCAGAGACAACCAGCUGGCAUUUGCCUUCUGGACAUGCCUGCAAUUAGAAAGUGACAUCCUCGCCGAGCUACCUCUUCCUCAGUCGGGUAUCUUGCAAUAUGAAGAUAGGAUGCCAUAUCCAAACUCGGAGUAUGCUGUCAAUCAAGGUUUCUCAGAGCACAUAGUAACGGGUUACAUUGCACAGUUGUAUCUUCGGAAACAACUUAACCAAGUGCAUACCCUGCUCUACGAUUCGGACAAGCAGAAUAAGCACAAGAACGGAAUUACGUUGGACGACCCUGCGAUCGAAGAAGGUAUUAAGCGGAUCGAGGAGAUGCUUAGGAACUCGAGGAACCGUUGGGUGCCAAACAGCUACCGAUGGGAUGAUAAUGACCCUCCGGCGAACGACAUACUGGGAGCCCGUCUUCGUGCAAAGUACUGGGGUUCACAAGUUAUUCUCUACCGACCUUUUCUAAGGGCCAUCCUUGAACGAGAACCGUGGCCGUAUCAUAACCAAGCGGGGUCUCCAGAUGCUCAGCAGACUCCCGAAUAUGCAGAAGUCCCCCAGGGUGUAGACACUAGGAUCGUCAAAUAUGCCGGCUUAGCAAUCUAUGCCCUCGUCGAGAGCACGCGAGCAUUCCAUGGAAUACCUAGUAGUCAGCGCAUCAUUAUCACCAACGUAUUCGGAACAGCUCAUGCUCAAUGGGGAAAUCUUCUAACCCUGGCGGCGUGUUACAGAGAUAGAUAUCUACACAAGUUCAUCGAUGCGGAAACACUAAGCAACCUCUUCUCUCGGACGAUCUCCUUCUUCCAAUCGAUUGCCCAACCCACGAGCGCGCUAAGGGCUGAUAUGAACAUCUUGAUCGGCCUGGCUAAAGACCUAGGGUUUAUUCGGGAUGAAUACGAGGUUACAAGCUCGAGCUUUUCGAGCCUUUCAAGCGGAGGUCCUCCUCCUAUACAUAAUCCCAGCGACUAUCAUGUUCCUCCAUCAUCCGCGCUAGGACGGCCUUCACACUUACCGCCACCGUCGCAUUAG